CUUUAAUAAGACACCGGAACUGAUUGUGUUGUGUUCCGUGUGUUACGAUUUACAACUGUAAAGAGAGAACGUCCAGACUGCGAUGAGACCCCAGCACAUAAUUUGUACAUUGCGUAGUGGUGUGAGGUGCUGGCAACAUCGAAGUGUUUUGGGAACGGUUUUACAGGUAGAGGCCUUGGAAUUUCGAAGCGUGCGCUCUCGGUCCACCUCGGCUGGCCCUGUCAGAUCCAUGGAGGAAAUACUGACGAGGGUUGUGGUACCAUUACCUACAUAUGAGACGAGAGAGAAGUCCCCGCCUCCCCCAGAAUCGAACAGUGUGGAAUUUAUGCAUUUCUACAGAAGCCUUGAAAAGGAAGAGAAGUCACAAUUACUGGCAAAGUUGUCACACGAUUUUGGUGUUGACCACAAAGGAGUUUCAGAGCUAGCAGGGAAGCUGCUCGACACUCAACAAAGGGACUUGGCUACAAUACUGCAAGUAGAGGACAGGUUACGAUACAGUCUGACUCCUCGCUAUAAACAAUUGCUUAAUCACAUAAGUAGGGUGGAAUCGGGAGUGAAGUUUCUGGUUGACCUACGUGCAGAUCUGCUUGAAAUAAUAUCAUCUAAAGCAAGUGACAGUCCUCAUAUUCGGGACCUGAAUGGCACUCUGAAGAGUCUGCUGUCUGAGUGGUUCUCUGUGGGUCUGCUGCGUCUGGAGAGGAUCACCUGGCAGUCCCCCUGUGAGAUACUGCAAAAGAUCAGCCAAUACGAAGCUGUGCACCCUGUGAGAAACUGGACAGAUAUAAAGCGUAGAGUUGGGCCGUACCGUCGCUGCUAUGCCUUCACCCACGCUGCCAUGCCAGGGGAGCCAUUGGUUGUCCUGCAUGUGGCACUCACAGAGGACAUCUCUGAUAACAUACAGAGUAUCGUGAGAGAAUUUGCUACCCUGGACUCGGAGGAGGAUGUGAGCAAAGUCAAUACAGCAGUGUUCUACUCCAUCUCCUCCACCCAGGCUGGCCUGCAGGGGGUGGAGCUAGGGAACGUCCUCAUCAAGAGAGUUGUGCGGGAGCUACAGAGUGAGUUUCCCCACAUGUCCCAGUUCUCCAGCCUGUCCCCCAUCCCGGGCUUCUCCUCCUGGCUACAGGGCCUGCUCAGCCAGCACCGGAAGGAGGGCCGCGUGGAGCUGCUAACGGACUGCGAGUGGGGGAAGGUGGCAGAUGUCACAAACACAACCCCUGAUACCAACGUCCUGGAUGCCCUGCGUAAGCUGAUCAGCACCGGUGACUGGACCCGUUCUGAACACCUGGUCCACAUCCUGGAGCCCGCCCUGAUGCGCCUCUGUGCCUGGUACCUCUAUGGAGAGAAGAGGCGUGGCUAUGCCCUAAACCCUGUGGCCAAUUUCCACCUGCAGAAUGGCGCCACCAUGUGGAGACUGAACUGGCAUGCAGACACCAGCCCGCGUGGAGUGGCCAACUCCUGUGGCAUCAUGGUGAACUACAGAUACUUCCUGCAGGAGACCACGUCCAACAGUGCUGCCUACAUGCACAAUAAAAUCAUCACAGCCACAGAGCAGGUGCUGGGCUUGGUCUCACAGUUUCAGAAGAACAGCAAACUCUGAGCUCCAUGGACACAUAUGUACACCCACACUUGGUAUUAAAGAUGCCUCUAGGUCCAGGACUUGCUGGCUUCAUGGUGGCUCUGAUCUAAUUUGCCAAAACAAAAUGCUUUGAAAAGCAUCAGGACAAUUUGUGGCAUGAUAUCAGUUGUUGUUCUAUUCUUUUUGCAAUCUAGCCCAUGUAGUGCAUGGGUUUUACUCUCCCUUCCUUCCCGAGGUGGGUAUGUAGUGUUAUCAUUGCCGAUAGAGACUCCCAGUGUUUUAUGGUGUGAGAGGCUGCAGCUAAUGAAGCGAGAGACAUUUAUCAGGUCGUGCCAUGUUUCUGCUUGACAAUGUGUGAUGCUGUAGCACAGCAAAUAGGCUGCAGAGCUAUUGGAAUAAAUUAUGUAUUUGAUUCUUUAAUUUGGCUGAUCUGUGUGGGCGUGUGUACAUGUGCAAAGCCGUGCGGGUGAAAAAUACAUAACACUGACACCCACAUUGUAUAGAAUUAUGUAGAACAAAACAGUACCAUAUUAUCAUCUCAUUAUCUCUUGGCCCCGAUUGUCACCCGACAAUCUCUACAAAUCAGUUAUUUACUGAAGCUCAAUCAAGCUAUUAUUUAAUGAGCUGUGCUCUCAAGAGAUUUUAACAUUUUUAAUUUAUCUCUGUAUGUAAAAUGUGUAAUUUUCUGCAAAAGUCAUUCACACCAAAAUGUGUAGGGUCUCUGUAGUUGAGACCAUAGUCCUUGCUAUGUUUGCCACCUGCCAACACUCAAGCCUCCCUAGAGACCAAUCUCUGAUGUACUGCUACAUCAAAAUACUGAAACUAAGUGGGAUUCCUAUCUGCCCCACUCCAUUGUUGCGAAAUAAUAUAUCACGGCAAGUUGACUGUGAAAUUACAUUUUAUCUCUCAACGGAGCCUAACUUUUUUUCAGAGCCAGCCACACUGUCCCUGAAACUAAUGAAGUGAGAAAUAAAGUUUAAAUAAAUGGAUAGAUUUAUGGAAUUCACUUUAAAGCAGGGGAGGGAAUCAGUGAGCAUAAAAUGACAGUGUUUAAAGGAUGCCCUUGAGAAAGCAUUCCUCUUGUGAAACAGACAGGAAGAGUGAACACUUGUGAGGAAUGCAAAGUCCAAGGAGGUCACACCGUUCCACCACCAUGGACAGGAGUUUCCAUGGAAAUGGUAACAUUAAAAUAAAAUGUCAUGCGCCGAAUACAACCGGUGUAGACCUUACUGUGAAAUGCUUACUUACAAGCUCUUAACAUACAGUGUAAAGUAACAGUAGAAUUACAUAACAAUAUGAGGCUAUGGGGCUCCUGAGUGGCUCUCAGUGCUAGAGGUGUCACUACAUACUCUGGUUUGAUUCCAGGCUGUAUCACAACCUGUCAGACAAGAGAAAAUAACUAUACAACAUGUACAUAAUGCUUUAAUUGAUUUGAUGUGUGAAUGAAUAUGUCAAUGGUGUAAAUGUAUAAUUAGUGUGAGGGAUGCGAGAGAGCGUGGUCAUGUUAUUGCCAUUCAUUAUAGGCUGAUACAUUUAAUUUGAGGAGAGUACUGCAUGAUAGGGGAUAAUCUUAGAAGCACUUGAGAAUCCCAUAGAAAAGCUGAUUUAUUCUAGGUACCUCUCAAAGGAUUACUAGAUCUGUCAGUCACAGCAUUACAUUAGUAUUGAAGUCCUGUAGACCCAUCUCACUCUCUAUUCAGAAUCCAUCUCAUGUGGCACUUGAUGCUGCCACACACACACACACAUACCCACACACACAGCUUUCUUCAACAGUACUCAAAGGGUGAUUACUGACUAUGACAGCUAUGGUAAACCUGUAUGGAAUGGAAACAUACACCUUGUGUUUUUGUCAAUAUUAAGGUAUAAGGCUUUCAUUUUGCUACUUUGUAAUUUUCCAAAGAAAAUGCAAACUGAGCUGUACAAGGUGAAUGUGUUGGCAUGAAGAUGCAGAUGUGUUGUGAAAUAUGAGGCACUGCUGGCCACACUGACGACCUGGAGAUAUGUCACAACAUUCUAAUCAACACGACUCCAGCUGCCUGCCAAAUCCACAUGAUCAUUUAAGGGGCCAUUUGUUAAUAAGCAUUUACAGCCAGAUUGGAUUAGUUGCCACUUUACACCCUUUUUAAUGGCUUCGAUCUGCCACUACACUUAGGCAAGGCACAUACACUACAAAGUUAUUUUCAAUAUCACAGCACAUACAUCAACCCUCAUGUUCCUGCUCUUGAUAUGAAUAUUGUGUGUCUAACAUUAAAUAUAGUGAAUAUGAGAAUGAGCUGACCAUAGUCAUACUGCCUGGUCCAGUCUAAUGUCGAGUGGACAGCCUGUCUAAUCCAAAGCACCUGUAAGUAAUGCCAUCUUUCUAAACCUGAUGCAUGUUGAGGACCUGAUGAAUAUGGAUAUCAAAAGUUAAUAUUCCUUUUACAUCUAAGUAAAUAGCAUAGCAUAAAAACAUAAAGUAAAUUCUUAGGUUACAGGUAUCAUUCUCCUAAAUCUAUGAUCAUGACAUUAUCUUCUAUUAAUUAUAUGCUAACAGACCAGACAAUUUCAAUUAUGUUCUCUUUACAAAUUAAUCAGAGCCAUAAUAUUCCAUGCAGAUAAUAGGAGUUUAAUCCAUAUUUUGACUCCAGGCCUGUCCCACUAGGCAAAGAUGUCAAUUCAACAUAUAUUCCACGUUGGUUCAACAUAAUUUCAUUGAACUGACGUGGACUAGGUGAAAAAUCUGUCAAUGUGCCCUUGAGCAAGGCACUUAACCUUAAUUUCUCAUGUAAGUCGCUCUGGAUAAGAGCGUCUGCAAACUAAACUGUAAAUGUGAAACAACGUUGAUUCAACCAGUGCGUGCCCAGUGGGGUGUGUGUGUGUACAGUCUAAUUACUGACUACCAUUGAAAUGGACUGCAAAGGGGUGCCAGUACUGAGUGCUUAAUGUUAUUUAUUUUUGCAUUUUCACAAUGCAGUAGCGAGGUGCAUUUAGAAAAGGCCAAAUAAGCCAAAUAGUCAAUUAACACAACCCUCCUGAUUACAAUAUGUUGAUGAUGUUGCCAUCUUUCGCUCUUUCCUCAAUGGAAAGGAAACAAGAUAUUGAAAUUAGCAUAGUAAUUUGUAAAAAGGAAAUACUGUAGACGUUAAAUAAAUUGUGGUUUUUCAGAAAGAUAAUGUUUAAUUAAAAUGCUAAGCAUUAGCAUUUUAUUCUCCCCCUAACUGCACAUUGAAGUUGGUGUUUUCAUUUGGUUAGGUUCUAUGUGCCCGCCAUUCUGUCUCUAAUCACAAACCUAAAUCCACAGGGUCUCCUGAGGGUUAGGCCAUGCUACGGAAGUAAUUAAGUCAAAGAAUUCAACAAGGGAAAAAGGCCUCGUUGUUUGCCUUUCUUUUCCUCUUUUUAUUCAAAAGGAAAAUAGUAAAAGAGAUACUGUGUGGAAAUUGUAAGCUUUGAAAAUAGUCAGCCCAACAAUUAGCAUAAUUAUUGGGAGAUUUUGGACAUGAUCAAACUGCUGUCUUGAAGUUCUGUUAAUCCUGUUCAUGGAAAAUAGAAAUGUGCAGCUAUGAGCAUAAACACUGACUCUACGAAUAAAAGCUACUGUAUGGAAUGUUU